AUUAUUGUGAUUUCUUUUCAAAUUUUCAGUUGAUUUCUAUUGUUGUUAUCGCUUUAUUUACAUUGGACUUGGGAAUAUUUUCGAAAUCUUUCUGAAACUUAAGUACUUUAGUAAAUCAGAGUAAAUAAUACGAAAACAAGCAAAGUUUUUUCCGUUUAUAUUUCGCGCUUAAUUACUCCAUGUGUCAGAAGAGCAUAGGCUAAAUGUCAAAGCAUUUGUUGAUGUUUUAACUUCAUUAAAAGCUGAAUUUUUUUGUAUUUAGAACCAUAAAAAACUGGAAUCAUCCACAUUAUCUCUAUUCGAGUACAGAGACACAAAUCGAAAAAAAAUAACUGCACUUAGUUUUUCCAGUGAUAAGAGAAAACCUCAUGUUUGACACACGCUUCGCGACUUGAAGUCAUUUCAUAUUUAUAUUAGUAUAUUACGUACUUCAUCGAAAGCCGCAUCGACGUAGCACACCAUCAACCAUGGAUCAUUUAUUUCUGGGUUCAAUUGCUCACAGCAAAUCAUUGGAUGACUUGGAAACGAUUGAAAAUGGUUUCUUGGCCGUGAAAAAUGGCAAAAUCGUGGGCAUUGGAGAUCGUGCAUCGCUUCCAGCUGAAUACUCGAGCACAUUACCGGUGACAACAUUAACAUCGUCUCAAUUUCUGUUGCCUGGUUUUGUUGACUGUCACAUUCAUGCACCUCAAUAUCCGAAUAUUGGUGUUGGUUUGGAUCUUCCGUUGCUGCAAUGGCUGGAAACGUAUACAUUCCCCCUAGAAGCUGCUUACAAAGACAAUGAUUUUGCUUCGAAAGUCUAUUCAGCGGUUGUUCGUCGAACGAUCAGCUGUGGUACGACACUGGCCUCGUAUUUUGCCUCCAAUUACAAGGACAGUUCAUUGAUCUUAGCCAAGGAAGCUGUUAAACAAGGUCAACGAGCUCUAAUCGGAAAGGUUUGUUCGAAUGCCUCAUCACCCGAUUAUUACAUCGAAAAGACAGAAGAUUCGCUGCGAGAUACUGAAACAUUCAUCAAUGGUGUCAUCAAUCUGAAAAGUGCGUUGGUGAAGCCGAUCAUCACACCACGUUUUGCAUUGAGUUGCACAUCCGAAUUGUUGACGGGAUUGGGUGGCUUGGCGACCAAGUAUGAUUUACACAUUCAGUCGCACAUUUCGGAAAAUUGCGAUGAAAUUAAAGCGGUCAAACGUAUGUUCCAGAAGGGUACCUACACCGAAGUCUAUGAGGAUAAUAAAUUGCUGACGCAUAAAUGCAUAAUGGCCCAUGGCGUUCAUUUGGAAGAUGCCGAAUUGAAACUGCUCAAAAAGUACGACACGGCAAUCGCCCAUUGUCCAACAUCAAAUACAAAACUUCGAUCGGGCUUUUGUGAUGUGCGCAGAUUGUUGAAUGCAGGCAUCAAAGUUGGAUUGGGCACUGAUGUUGCCGGUGGACAUAAUGUUUCCAUUCUUCUUGCGAUUCAUGAUGCUUUGAACGUUUCGCUCAGUUUGAAUAUAAUCAAAAAGCAAAAUAUUCUCGGCACCGGCCAAAUCCAACACCCAAGCGACGAUUGCAACAAGGAUUAUCAGGCAUUGGAAUACAAGAACGCUCUAUACUUAGCUACUUUGGGUGGUGCACGUGCGUUAGCCCUUGACAAUGUGUGCGGAAAUUUUGCAGUUGGAAAAGAGUUCGAUGCUCUUUUGGUUGACAUUUCGAAUAAGCCAUUGGAUUUGUUCGACAUUCCAUUAUCCGUAGCCGAAAAGUCCAGCGCAUCACACAGCCGCUUGGACAAAAUGAUCCAGAAGUUCCUGUAUGUCGGUGACGAUCGCAAUAUCAACAAGGUGUUCAUUUCAGGAAAACAAGUGAAAAAUCACUCCGAUUAAUUGAGAGAUGUUGUUUUAUUUGUUUUUGUAAUGCUGCUUGGAGCCUACAGACAAAUGUGUAACUUAAGUUAGUAAAUCUUAUCAUUCUAAAUGUUGGUUGCUACAAAUUUUCGUAUUGAUCAUUGUAUUUGGCUGCUACUGCAUUUCUAAUUUUAUUGUUGUUGUUUCGUUCACGUUGUUCAACGAGACACAGAGAUAGAGAUGUAUUUCAAUAACAGGAUUGUUGUGUAAAUAAAAUGAAAUUCUAGCCCACAUCAAA